AUGGUUGGGGUUGAUGGGGGCAAUAAUGGAGCCAUGGUUAUAGUGCUAUUGAAGAAGCGCGGAAUCCAUGCACCUCUAGAUAUGCUCCUUGAUGGACUAGAAAAGAAAGGAAAGAAAAGAAAGAGGGAACGCACGCAGAAACGACCCACAACCCACGACACAGAAAUCGCCUCUCUGAAAUGGCAGUUGAAGCCCACCAUCUUCACCUCUUCCCCUCCCAACUCCUCAAAAACAGGUACCAACUUCAUACCAACCGCAUGCUGCAGCAGCAGCAGGAGCACCAGCAGAUCUUCCUUAUAUCACCGCAAUCCGCUCCUCGUUAAACCCCCCCCCCCCAACUUUUCUCAUUCUCUUGUCAUUUUUUUCUAUCUUAAAAAACAUGAGCAGGCGAUCGCCGACGCAGCGGAGAACCGAUCCAACCUUUCGAUCCCCCACCGGCCUCGUCGCCCCCUCGUCUCCUCCGCCGCCGCCGCCGCCGCCGCUGCUCUGUACGUCCCUUUCUACAAUCCCGCCGCCGCCGCGGCGCCGAGAGCGGCCUCACCUUCAACAAUUUCGCCGCGCGGUCCGGCGCUUGCGAUCCUCUCGCGAAAGCGCCCGAGAGACUCCACACCCCCCGUCUCCUUCCUCGGCGAGGACAUCUCCGCCCUCGUCCACCACCAGAUGCUCGACGUCGACCGCCUCAUUCUCUACCAUGCGGCGAAAGUGAGAGCGGAGCUGAUCGAGCGGCGCGGGCGGUUCGCGAGGCAGGUUCUGGCGGCGGCGGAGGAAGGGCUGGCGAAGCGGCUGAAGGCGAAGGAGGAGGAGAUGGAGCGGAUGACGAAGCUGAACUGGGCGCUGGAGGAGAAGGUGAAGAGCCUGUGCGUCGAGAACCAGAUAUGGCGCGACCUCGCGCAGAGCAACGAGGCCGCCGCCAACGUCCUCCGCACCAACCUCGAGCAGGUGCUGGCGGCGCAAUCCCGGAUCAAGCCGCACGAGAACGACGACGCCGCCGCCGCCGCCGCCGAAGACGCCGAGUCCUGCUGCUGCGGAGGCAAUUACGCCUCGGACGCGGACGCGGACGCGGACGCGGAGGAGGCGAGGAAUCAGCGCGCCAGCAGGCAGAGGAGAGCGUGCAGGAGCUGCGGAGAGGGCGAGCCGACCGUCCUGAUCCUGCCGUGCCGGCACCUCUGCCUCUGCGCAAUGUGCGCGCCGGCGGUUGACGCCUGCCCCGUUUGUAAGAGCGCCAAGAACGGCAGUAUGAGUGUAAACAUGUCCUAAAUCUCAAAUCAUCAAUAAAUAUAGUAUUAAAAAAAAAAAAACAAAACAUUGCAGAAACAUUUUAA